AUGGCUGCAGAUGAGGCUGAGACUAAAUGGGAGGACCUUAUUGACUCCUCUGAAAUGAUCGAAGCCUUAAAAUCCAACAACAUGAAUGAGCCUACAGAUAUUCAACGAUCUACCUUAAAGCAAUCCUGCAAAUUCAAGCAAGAUCUGAUUAUUUCAGCUAAAACAGGCAGUGGGAAAACACUAUGUUUUGCGAUCCCAAUUCUUCUUAGUGUUGAAAAAACCCAAGAAACCCAAGCAAUUAUCGUCUCUCCCACAAGAGAGCUUUGCUUACAAAUCACAGCCCAUUUAAAUGCAAUUAAUUACAAAAAGCUCGACAUUCAAUGCUUAAUCGGAGGCAUUGCUCGAGAAAAACAAGAAAGGCUGCUCAACAGGCACCCUCAAAUAUUAGUAGGAACUCCUGGAAGACUCUGGGAAUUUAUAUGUGACCGACAAAAUGAUGUAGUAAGAGACAUUGCCAAGGCAAAAUUUUUAGUUAUCGACGAAGCUGACAGGAUGAUUGAAAUGGGCCAUUUUAAAGAGCUGAGGCUUAUACUAAAUUAUAUUUAUGAUCCUAGCAGCGUUGCUAAAGAAUCUAUAGAGGUAGAAGGAGAAGGACCAAUCCAAGACUUAAAUUUUAAUUUAGAAGGAGACAUGAUUGAAGAGUUUUUAGAAGAAGAGAAAAAUGAUAACUCCCCCCCCCCCCUCCGUGAGCGAACAAAAAAAUUUUGUUCGCUCACGGAGGGGGGUUAAUUUUUUUUUUUAAAAAAAUUUAUAUAAAUUUUUAUAAAAAAAUAUUUUUUUCGAAAUUUAAAAAAAUCCUAAUUUGCAAAAAUUGGGAAGCAAAUAUUAAUUUAAUUUGCAAAAUUUAUGUUUUAAAACGCAAUUUGUUUAAAAUUAAACAGAAUUAGCUCUAGAUUUCAUUAUACUAAUUAUCACUUAUAUAUCAAAAUUUUUUUCCAUUAAAAUUUUUUCUAUUAAAAAAUUUUUGUUCACUCACGGAGGGUGGGUUUUUGGUCAAAAAAUGGCGAUUUUUCUAAUGGUUUUGUUCGCUCUCACGGAGGGGGGGGGGGAGUAAGAAAAAAAAAGAAGAAAAAAAGAAAAACACAGUCAAAAGGCAAACUUUUUUGAUUUCAGCCACCAUGACUAUUGAAAACCAGGCACGAAAAGUAAUAAAACCUUUACAAGGGCCAAAUAAAAAAAAAGAUAAUGAAGAAACUGUGGUAGACAAGCUAAAAAAAUUGGUACAGUUUAGAGGGAAGCCUGUAGUAGUAGAUCUCACACAAAAGGAGCAGCUUCCAAGCGAACUUACUGAGUAUAAGAUAAGCUGCAAUGAUGAGGAAAAAGAAAGCCUAUUGCACUAUCUUCUAUACUUUUUUGCCUUAUUUUGCUAUAAAUUGCAUUAUUUAAGCCUGCAAAUAAUACAACCCAAAUACCAUAAAAGAAUUUGAAAACAAAAAAACAAUAAUUUUUGCUAAUACAAUUAAACAAGAAAGAAGGAUAAUUGAAGUCUUAAAACUUCUAGGCCACUCUGUCCUCAGACUAGAUGGAAAAAUGCCUCAGAGAGACAGAUUUAAACGUCUCGAAAAGUAAUUCCUAUAUAGAUUCCAACAAGGCGGCUAUAUUCUUAUAGCAACUGACGUAGCUGGCAGAGGUCUCGAUCUCCCUGAAGUAGGCCUUAUUAUUCAUUUCAGCCUCCCCAAAACUGCUGAAAACUACAUCCACCGAUGUGGGAGAACAGCUAGAAUUUACCAUAAAGGGACGUCUAUUGUCCUUGUAGGGCCAUCUGAUGUCAGAAGCUUAAGGACAAUCCAGACAAUGCUUGGCCGAGACAUUUUAAAUUACCAUUGCAACCUAGAAGAAUGGAAAAGGGCUGAACAUUUUGUAAAAAUCGCCAAAGAAGUGUCACAUAUAGAAAACAGUCAUCAGAUAGGAAAUAAACAAAGCAGCUGGGAACAAAAAGUGGCAGAAGAAGCGGGGCUGGAUACUGAAGCAAAAAUGGAAGCUGGGCCAAGGAAAAAGUUAAAGUUUUUGAAAAAACAGCUGGAGCAGUCAAAAGCUAAGGUAGAAGUACCGAUGAAGAGAACUUCGGUGAUCACCCCAGAGCUAUUCCAAAUGGCAGGCCUUUUGGUUAAGAUUUUCCCUGCUUUUUUCAGGCACUUACUCGAAAAAUAUAGUAUAAAUCUCUUUGGACCAAAUAGAGCUGAGGAAAUAUGCUUGAAAAUUAUUGACCUCUCCAAAUGCAAAAAACAACAAAAACUGAUUUAA